GGAAGCCAUCUCAAAAAGUCGUUCUCAAAAAACACCUUCCUUUUUUUACAUUCGCAUAAAAUAUCAACACAUGGCAAAAGUAAAAGUGGGUUUGGUGCAAAUGACUUGCGUGAAAGAUGUAGCGCAAAAUAUGGCGCGUGCUAUUCAAGGCAUUCGCGAUGCAGCAAAAGAUGGAGCACAAAUUAUUUGUUUGCAAGAACUCUUUACAUCCCUUUAUUUUUGUGAUGUUGAAGAUCACGAGAACUUCAAAUUAGCGGAAAGUAUUCCCGGUACAUCAACUGAAAUAUUGUCACCAAUUGCCAAAGAAUUAGGUGUGGUGAUUAUUGCAUCUUUAUUCGAAAAGCGAACAGAAGGUUUAUACCAUAACACAACAGCUGUAAUUGAUGCCGAUGGCGCCUAUUUAGGAAAGUAUAGAAAAAUGCAUAUUCCAGAUGAUCCGGCAUUUUACGAGAAGUUUUAUUUCACACCUGGCGAUUUGGGGUAUAAAGUUUUCCAAACCAAAUUUGCCAAAAUUGGCGUGUUGAUUUGUUGGGAUCAAUGGUAUCCGGAAGGCGCAAGAAUUACGGCUUUGAUGGGUGCUGAGAUUUUGUUUUUCCCAACUGCCAUUGGUUGGGCUACUUCGCAAGAUGAGGCAACAAACGAAGAACAAUACAAUGCAUGGCAAACCAUUCAACGCUCGCAUGCAGUAGCUAAUGGCGUACAUGUAGUGAGUGUAAAUCGCGUUGGUUUUGAACAAGAUGGUGCCAUGAAAUUCUGGGGUGGAAGUUUCGUCAGUAAUCCUUUUGGAAAGUUAUUGUAUUUGGCUUCGCAUGAUAAAGAAGAAACACGAGUGGUGGAGCUCGAUUUGAAACAAACUGAUUACUAUCGCACGCAUUGGCCGUUCUUACGCGAUAGAAGAAUUGAUAGGUUACACUUCCCCGCUGAAUUCGCACCGCAAGAAGCGAUGUGGUUAUCUUGGCCACAUAAAGAAGCAUCUUGGCCUGGGAAAAUUGAUUCCAUUUAUCCGGUGUAUGCAAAGUUUAUUGGUUUGAUUGCUGUGGCACAAAAAGUGCGCAUUAAUGUGGCUGAUGAAGUUAUGAAAGCUUUUGCAGAAAAGCAUUUGUUGGCCGUGAAUGGAAACUUAAACAAUGUUGAGUUUUAUUUCAACCCCACGAAUGACGCAUGGUGUAGAGAUCAUGGUCCUGCAUUUGUAGUGAACUAUGCUGAAAAGAAAAAGAGCAUUGUGGAUUGGGGUUAUAACGCUUGGGGCGGAAAGUAUCCUCCUUUUGAUUUAGACGAUGUGGUGCCAACACGCAUUGCAAAAGAAUUCGGAUUAGAUGUAUUUCAUCCCGGAAUUGUGAUGGAAGGUGGAAGUGUGGAGUUUAAUGGCAAAGGCACAUUGCUUACCACAACAGCUUGUUUGUUGAAUAAGAAUCGCAAUCCACAUUUAUCGCAAAAUCAGAUAGAGCAAUAUUUGGUAGAUUACUAUGGUGUAGAGCAUUUCUUAUGGUUGGGUGAUGGC